AUGAGGGAAAUAAUAAAUUUAUAAAUAGGAUAAGGGGGUAACAAAAUAGGUCAGUGUUUUUGGGAAUCUCUUUGUACAGAACAUUAGUUAGAUUAGGAUGGAUAUUCAGAUAAGAUGAGUGAUUUCUAAAGAGAAUAAAUUGGUGUUUAUUUUGAUGAACAAAAUGAUAAAAGAUAUAAAGCGAGAUCUUUGCUAAUUGAUGGAGAUCCAAAUUCUAUUUUUUAAAUACAAUAAUCUAGCUUUGGAAAUCUUUUUAAUAGUAAUUGCUUUAUAUAAGAUUAAUGGAGUGCAGCCAAUUGUUUUGGAAAGGGAAGAUAAUUUUAUGAAUUAAUUGAUUUAGUUAUGGAUUAAAUCAGAAUAUUAGUAGAAAAGAGUGAUUAAAUGCAAGGAUUUUAAGUAAUGCGUAGUUUAGGAGGAGGAACGGGCAGUGGACUAGGAGAUGUAUUAUUAUCUAAAUUAAGAGAAGAAUAUCCAAACUAAAUUAUUACAAAUUUUUGCAUUUUCCCAUCUUCAUAAAUAAGUGAUUGUGUAGUGGAGCCUUACAAUUGUGUAUUAAGCUUGCCUGGUCUUUUACAAAAUUAAGAUUUAUGUUUUUGCUAUGAUAACAAGUCCCUUUAUAAUAUUUUAAAAAAUUUUAUAGGUAAAAAUACAAAAGAAUAUAAAGAUUUAAAUUAAAUAAUUAAGAUUUGUAUGUCUGGAACUACUGCUCAGUGGAGAUUUCCAUCCCAAGUUUAUAAUACUAUGAGAAAAUUAGCUACUAACAUGGUGCCUUUUCCAUAACUCUUAUUUUUAAAUACAGGAGUAGCACCUAUACUUCAUCAUGAGUUUGUCACAAAUAGAUCUCUGAGUACAAAGGAAAUGAUUUCUAUGCUUUAAAACAAUAGAAAUUCUGUGAAUCACAAUAUAAACUAAGACAAAUUAAUUGAUUUUGCAAGUUUGUAUAUUUUUAGAGGGAUAAACUAAAGUGAAUAAGAAAUAUUGGAAGAAAUAUAAGAUUAAUAAAUUAAAACAUAAUACUACAUUCCAGAUAAUUAAAAAGUAUAUUAAUGUAAUUAGACAUUUAAUAAUGAAUUUAGAAAUAGUGCUUUAAAACUUGAAAAUGGAACCUCUGUAACUGAAAUACUGUAAGAGCAGCUUUAAAACUUUUCAGCCUUAUUUAAAAGAAAGGCAUUUUUGCAUUAUGGUUUUGGAGAUACAGAUGAAAUGGAAUUUACUGAAGCCUAGUCAUAUCUUAAUGAUAUUUUAGAUUUAUAUAAUUAACAUUAAGAAAGUGUAUAUGACAAUCAAUAUAGUUUAAAAGAUUAAGAAAAUUAAACAGAUUAAAAAGAUACUUUCUAAGAAAUAUCUAAUUAAUUUGUCUCAAUAGACUUUCUUUACUGA